AUGGAAGUAGAAUAAAGAAGGGACUAAAAGUUAAGACCAAGAAGGUAAAUCUGAUGUAAUAUAUAAUUUAAAUGAAUACACUGUUAAUUUACUUGUCUCAUCAGAAUAAUAUUUAUUAAAAUACCUAUGGAUUUUGAAAUCAAUGAUUCCAUUCAAGCAGAAAAGAGAAAAUAUCUUCUUCUAACCUUAAAUGGAUAACCAGAUGCUAAUAUCAUUAGGUUUAAGUUUUUUUAAGUAAUUUGAUUUUAUAAACCUUAGAGGUAAAUUUGUAUGGCUGAUAUCAAAACUAAAGCUGAGAAUUAUUAUCAAAUGAAAAUUCAAUGUCUUAGAUUGUUUACUUAAUAAGGCAUAGAGAUAUUUUAAGAAGAUCUUCCAUAUAUAAAAGAGGGGACUCUCUUAUAUAUAUCAGACAGUAUACAUUGUAUCCAAUUUAUUUCUUAGGCAGCGACUUUGAUGCUUAUUCAUAAAUAAGUGUUUAUCAAAUAGUUAAAGUACUUGGAGAGGGUGGAUUUGGGAAGGUGAUGUUAGGUAAACAUAAAGUAACAGGAGAACAGGUAGCAAUAAAACUGAUAGAUUCUGGGAAAUUAUGGAAUGCUGAGGAUAUUGAUUUAGUGUUUAGAGAGGCAGAAGUGAUGAAGAAUCUUAGACAUAAUAAUAUCAUAAAAAUAUUAAACUAUUAUACACUUCCAAAUAUGUAAGUUGUAUUAAUAAUGGAAUUCUUACAAGGAGGGGAUUUGGUUGAAUAUAUUUAAGGUGUAUAAUAAUAUAAUAAAUUUAGAAAAAGGAGGAUUGUCAGAGGAAGAAGCUAGAGUAAUAUUUCGAUAGAUUGCUGAAGCUAUUCGUUAUUGUCAUGAUAAACGUCUUAUUCAUAGAGAUUUGAAAUUAGAAAAUGUGUUAUUGACAUCAAAAGCAGAAAAAAUGAUUAAAAUAAUUGAUUUCGGUAUUGCAACAGUUUCAACAAAUUUUACAAUUGAUAAAGUUGACAGAGGAUCAUUAAGUUACAUGCCUCCAGAAGUAGUAGGUGGUUAAGCUACUGAAAUAAGAUCAUCUAUAGAUAUUUGGGCAUUAGGAGUAAUCCUAUAUGCUCUUGUUUGUGCUAAUUUACCUUUUACUUCCAGAAGUGAUGAGUAAACUAUUGACAAUAUCUUAAAGUGUAAUUAUACAUUCCCUUCUCAUCUUAUUCUAAGCAAAGAAUAUAAGGAAUUAGUAACUAAUAUGUUGAAUCCUGAUCAAUCAGAAAGAUAUUCAGCAUAUUAAAUAUUAAGUCAUCCUUGGAUGUAGAAGGUUUUGACUUAAUCACCUACUAAAAUGCUUAAUCCUCGUACUUUAGCUAAUAAAAAGAAUAAAAAAACAUUAAUUUAAAUGGGAAUUAAGAAGGAAAUAACUAUGGCUGGACCUAGUCGUCAUUCCUAAUAACCUUAAAUUAGAGCUGGUGCAACUAUGCUAAAACCAACUUCAAAUCAAGGUUUUGUACAAGUUAUGUAUGAUCUUCAAACUCGAAACUUUUUAGUAAUUAUAAGUAUAUAAAUUUUAGAAAUAAGAAGAUCAAUCUUCUCCUCGAUCAUCUCUCAACUUCUUAGGUGAUUUAGUUAAUAAAUCUAAUUAAGAGCCAGAUGAAAUUAUCAAUUCAGAAAAACCUAAAAUAAAAACACCUUUGACAAGGAAAUAUUCAGAUUUUAAUUAAAAAUUGAUUGAUAAAAUCUUUUUAGAAGAUUCAAAAAGGGAAAAAAUUAAAUAAUGGAGAAAGAGUUAAGCUAAGAAAUAAGGUAAUCAUUUUAAAUCCCAAUCUCAGGGAUCCAUUAUUAAUUGUGUUUAGAAUAAUUAUGUUUCUGCUCGAAGUGCAAAUACUUCUCCACUUUAAACAGCUUCUAGAUCUGGACUCUAAUCUCCAAAUCUCCUUUAUAGUGUAAGAAGUACAGCAUAAUCAAAACGAAAACCUUAAAGUUAAUUGGAAAUUCAAACCAUUCUUAAUCUUAGUUAGAAAAUAGAAUGGAAAUAAUUAUUUGCUAGUCCCACUUACUCUUCAAGGGAUAAUCCAUUAAAGAUUCAGAAAACUAAUAAACAUAAAGCAGAUUAGCUUUACAAAAUAUAAAUCUAAUUUAAAUAACGCAAAAGAAAUUCAGACAAUCUUUUAUAGAAAUAAUUGAAAUUAAAUAAUAAAGAAAUUACAAUUUAAAAAUUGUGUAAUAUAAUAUUUUCAGCUAGAGUGAGAGCAAAUAAUAAAUGA